AGCGUGUUGAUGGAUGGGCGAGGUGGACGAGGCAACAGCCCAACAAACGCAACCGUUAGGCAGCGACAUCAAGGGUCACUUCCCCCAAGCCAAAGCAAGCAGCCUAACACGUGAAGACAGCCGAGCACGCGAGCGAGCAACCCAAGCAGGUGAAGUCGCACCUCAGUGGCGGCUGUUCCAUCUCUGCUGUUGUCCGCUUUCCGUUGUUUUGUUUGUGUUGCGCUGACGCUGCUGUGGUGUGUGUGGCGUGUGUGUGUGUGGUGUGCGUGGGUGUGUGGCACGAUGGAGCGCAGUGGGCCGCGAGCCAAGAAGGCAAAGGGGGAGGGCGCCGGGCAUCAGGGGAAAGAGGGGAGGCAGCAACAAGGGGGAGGUAGAGGACAGGGAAGGAGGAAGAAGAAGGAGAAGGAGAAAGAGGAGGGGAAGCAGAAGAAGGAAGGGCGCGUGUAUGAUGCCAUGUACCGAGAUGAGACGUUUCCAAUGACAGAUGCAUCUUGGGCGACGUUUGUGCACACGGCGACGACGCGGUUCAAGCAGGCCACCGCGCAGCUCGCAGCGAGCACGCACACUCAGCAGUCCAAAGACACGAACGACAAGCACAGCGCGAGCGAUGGGGUGCUGCAGCCUGAUGUUCCAGCAAACGUGGAUGAGAUGUUGAAGCUGGGUGGCGCCGUGCUUGAUGUCAAGCCACCACAGCCGUUGCAGCAGCUCACGUCUGGCAACGUCGCUGAUGCGUUGAAGGAGACCCAACGGUUCCUGUGGAGGCUGCAAUACAACCACACAGGCAUGCAGUUCUUCCCCGUCAAGAAGUACCUUCCCCUCACCCGUCUCAUGGAGCUUGGUCGCCUCAUCUGUAGGACAUGUCUGCCCAUCAAGUGUUUGGAGGCUGUGAUCGUUGCCCUCUACCUCUUGCUCCCCUUUGAGAAUCUGCACCGGAUCCCCAUCAGCUUCAAGUCGCGCUUCUGCGGGCACACGUACCAGCACAUUGUUCUUGGCGUGCAUGUCAACGGCAAGUUUGGUGCGCUUGGUCUCUCCCGUCGCCAGCACCUCAUGUACAAGCCCUGUCGCUACAACUCCCUCGCAGCCCUCAUCCGGGAGUACGAGCAGCGCUAUGAGGAAGUUGGUCACACCCUCGUGCGUGUGCGCGUGGGACGCCCCAUUCCACCAAGCAGACACAGCACCCAGGCCAUUCCCUGGCGACAUCUCAUACUCGUCAUGAAGCGGUUGGGCGAGGAGGACCUACGCAGCGCGUGCGAGCGGUACAUGCGGCAGUUGCGAACGGGUACAGUUGAGAGCGGCGUGCGUGUGGUACGUGCCUGCAAGCAACGCAGCAGCAGGAAGCACUCGAGACCAAGUGCUGGGCGGCGGAAGAGGAAAGGUGGACAACAGAUGGCAAGUAGGCAUGAUGAUGACGGCGAUGAUGAUGAUGAUGAUGAUGAUGAUUAUGAUGGUGAUGAUGAUGAGGAUGAGGAUGAGGAUGAUUAUGAUGGUGAUGAUGAUGAGGAUGAGGAUGAUAAUGACAGUGAGGAGGACAGUGCUUAUGACAAGUGGGAGGACGCUGAUAGUGAUGGCGAUGGUGAUGGUGAUGACACCACAACUGCGACGGCACGGCCAGCGUUUGAGAUGCGCGUGUGAUGCUCAUGCGGUGUGAUGCGAUGUUUAUCGUGUGAUGAGUGACUGCAGCCAGUUGUCUGUGUCUUAACCGUAUUCGAAACGAAAUGAGGCCAAAACGCCUUGCUGUGCCCGUAA